AUGCUAGGAAGACCAGAGCUUAUGCAUAGGUGGAAUCAUUCACAUUCGAUCUUAUCGAUAUGUGUGUUCCCACACAAGAAGCUGCUGUUUGCCGGAACGCAGGACUCGAAGAUCCUCGUGUUGGAUAAAGCCACUUACAAUAUAGUAGAGACGUUGCACCUGGGUGAGUCGCAGGACCAGGCCAACACCCGGUCGAGUGUCCUGUGCAUGGACAGGUCUGCCGAUGAAAGGUACCUUUUCUCAGCGGGUGCUGACUCCCUCGUCAGGGUGUGGUUUGUCGACCAUUGCAAAGCCAAUGGGUCCGUGGUCAUCAAGGAACUUGCUACAGUGUACUCGGUAACGGAUAUAGGUGAUAUCUUCGCUCUGAGGUAUCUCGAAGCGACGCAGACUUUAGUGUUUGGCUGCCAAAACGCAAGUCUGCUGUUCAUUAACAACAUUAUAGAAAAAGUGUCUGGGAACCGUCCAAUGGACCCGCAGACUAACCUCGAUAAACUACCGCAUAGAAGAUACGAUAAGUUCUUUGACUCUCUGGGGCCCUCGGAAUCUGCCACGCCAAACCCAUCCACGUCUGACUUGACCAAGAAUAGCAGGGAGGCUAGCCCGCCUUGUAACGCAUCCACGAGAGUGGCAAGCACGAUUUUAGAGGUCCCCGCAGAGAACAUUGUGCGGUAUGCGCACAAUGGGUUCAUUUACUCGAUCUGCAAACUACCUCAUGAGAUCAACAUUUGCAACACUGACGGAGCGUUGAGGGACAGUGAAGACAGGUCUGUUCAGGAGAGCAUAAUCUCUGGCAGUGGGGAUGGGGUUAGCAAAAUCUGGAGAUUCACGAAGAGCGACAACGGCGAGGUCACCAUCAAGUUAGUCGCCGAGGAGAUGGAUAACGAUGACGUAGUGUUCUCGCAGACAGUAGAGUUCCCAUUUCUUUACUGUGGUCUGGGGGACGGUGCCAUCAACAUAUGGGAUCUAAAUACGAGACAAUUGGUGUCCCACUUACAAACGCCGACGAAAUCCGACGUCACAUCCUUGACUGUAUACGAGGACUACGUGUUUGCAGUUAUUGAGGAAGGGAUUACAAUUUUCUACGGGGACCAGAUCAGCCACUGGGAUCCCUACCAGGGUAAACUGCUAAGUUCCGAGGUCUUUGAGUCUUGCAGCCAGACAGACAACGGGGGGUAUCCUGGGCUUGUUGCCGGGGGGAACGACGGGUCUUUGACUCUUUGGGAUUUAAAGGACCUCUUUGAAACUGCACCUUCAACAACAAAUAGGAUGGAUUUCCAGCGUCGUAGCUCAUGGGUUACUUACAAACCCCCCAAAAUCGACACGGAGGAAAUGCUUUCCACUUUGAAGAGACUAAUUGCAUUCCAAACUGUGUCACAGGGAUCAGACACAGCGUAUCAAAUGGCUUCUCGAAAGUGUGCCACUUUCCUCCUCGGGUUGUUCAAACACUUUGGAGCCGUAGAUUCUCAGUUGCUUCCAGCACCAAACAAUUGCAAGUCCGUAGUUACCGCCAUUCAAGGGAAGAAUCCCAAUAACAAGAGAAUCGUGUGGUAUGGACACUACGACGUGAUUGCCCCAGGUGACACUGACAGAUGGAACACUGAACCUUUCAACCUGACAUGUGAGAACGGAUACCUGAAGGGCCGUGGGGUCACGGACAACAAGGGACCGCUAGUCAGUGCUCUGUACAGUGUGACUACUCUGUUACAACAGGACAAUUUACUAAACGAUGUAGUGUUUUUGGUUGAAGGAAGCGAGGAGAUUGGCUCCCCUGGGUUUGAAUCUGUUUGUCACAAGUACAAGCACUUGAUUGGGGAUAACAUCGACUGGAUCCUCUUGAGCAAUUCGUCAUGGGUGGACAGGGAGCACCCGUGUCUAAAUUAUGGGUUGCGCGGGGUCGUGAAUGCGCAACUUAAAAUUUACUCUGAUCAAUCGAACGGACACUCUGGGGUCAACGGCGGUGUUUACUGGGAACCGACCUUUGAUUUGCUGAAAGUCGUUUCGAACUUGCGGGAUGCCGAGGGGCGCAUAAAGAUACCAGGGUUUUACGAUUCAUUGACACCAACCUCUGAAGAAGAUUCGGAACGGUUCAAGAAUAUCCUAGAGGUUACCGAACUGGUCAACAACUCCACGCUGGAAAACGUUAUUGACAACUGGACAAGACCCUCACUUUCUGUAACUGCAAUGGGGGUCAGUGGGUCUGGAAACGUCACCGUUAUUCCGAAAGUAGCAUGGAUGGGCGUCUCGAUCAGGAUAGUGCCUGGACAAAACUUGAAGACAGUAAAGGAAAGCUUCAUUAAAUACGUCAAUGACUGCUUUGAAGAGAUUGGCUCCCCGAACCAUUUAAGGGUUACAAUCAUGAAUGAAGCAGAGGCCUGGCUAGGCGACCCAACCAACCAUGCCUACCAGGUAGCACGGGAGGAAAUCUACAACGCAUGGCAAGUAGAACCUCUGUUUGUAAGAGAAGGUGGUUCUAUACCCUCAGUCCGGAUCCUAGAAAGGGUGCUCGACGCACCCGCUGUACAGAUUCCUUGCGGGCAGUCCACGGACAACGCGCAUCUGGACAACGAAAACCUACGGAUCAAGAAUUGGACAAAUUUGGCAGAUAUCCUAGCCAACGUGUUCAACAGAUUGUAA